AUGUGUAUUUCUGGAACUUGUGACAAUCGGAAGAUCAGCGCUGCACAGCCCAAGCAGCUUCGGCCAACCCUCCCACGAGCGCCGGUCCAGUCCAGACAGCCCAUUACUCAGCGCCGAACGAAGGCAUACAAGACGAUCGAGCAGGCCAAGAGCCGAUACAGCAAUGGGCCGUUUUCUUGGAAGUCCGGAAUUAUGUUCGUCGCUACUUGCGGCUUGUUGGUCUGGUAUUUCGAAUUCGAGAAAGAGCGCAUGCAGCGUAAGAGAAUAGCUGAGGCGGCCAAGGGCGUUGGAAGACCAAAGGUUGGAGGAACCUUUGAGCUGGUAGAUCAGAACGGAAAGCCUUUCACAAGCGAGAUGAUGAAGGGCAAGCACUCUCUGGUUUACUUUGGCUUCACUCGAUGUCCGGAUAUCUGCCCGGAGGAGCUUGAUAAGAUGGCGGAUAUGUUGGAUAUGGUCGAAAAGAAGGCCCCCGACGCACUUCUCCCCAUCUUCAUCACCUGUGAUCCCGCCCGCGAUACCCCCAAGGCUCUCAAGUCAUAUCUGAGCGAAUUUCACGACAAGUUUAUCGGACUGACCGGCACCUACGAUCAAAUCAAGGAUCUCUGCAAGAAGUACCGUGUCUACUUCAGCACGCCGCAGAACGUCAAGCCUGGACAGGACUACUUGGUGGAUCACAGCAUCUACUUCUACCUCAUGGACCCAGAUGGCGACUUUGUGGAGGCAUUGGGCAGACAACAUUCGCCUCAGCAAGCUUCUGCCAUUAUUCUUGACCACAUCAAGGACUGGAAUGACAAGAAAUAA